AUGGCAACCUCAGCUACAGCUUCAGCGGCUGGGAAAUCGGCGGCGGCAACGACUUCUUCGCCAUGGCUGGGGGACGAACCCGGCGCUUUGAACGUCGACAAGGUCCUGCAGCAGGUGUCGCAAGAUGACCAGGACGAGUGGGAGUAUGAAUACUCUGCCACCGAGACAGAGACAUACUAUCUGACAGUGGAAUUAUCAUACCCGGAGUUCAAAGAACGCCCAGCAAAAGCCCAUCAUCACAGCCGCGGCGGGUACUACAAGAACUGGUCAGACCAGUAUGCGGAUCACUUGAAGCUCGAUUCAAGGCCCAAUGACCAUGCUGUCGGGCCGCAAGACUCCAAUGACAAGGAAGGCAAUGAUCAGGACGAUGACGAGAACCCCGGACCCGAUCAUGAUGCCUCAGGACAAGAGCAGGUGGAAAACGCAGAUGACGCAAACAUAGACCCUCGGCUGAGAGCUAUGGGGGAUGACAAGGGAAAGGGAAAAGAAAAAGAGGCGGAAACUGCGAGAGCAGAGACGGAGGCGACAGCAGAGGACACGGAACAAGCCGACGAACCCCUAGAAGAGAUUCAGAUUCUCGAACUUCACUCUCAGAACCCGAUUAUAUCCUACAGGGGCCGCGUGUUUGAGGGGCAAUGGGCAGAGGUCAUUGGGACGGAAGCGAUCCUGGCAGACCGCGAAGCCAAAGAUGCCGCCCAGCUACCCGCUCUUCGCCAUCUUCCCGGUGGAGUGGACAUACUUGGGGCCAGCUCCUCGCGUCUCUUGACUACCGAGAAGAUAUUGAAGCCCAAGGUGGCUCAGGAGGACACUCUGGCAGCUAUUCGCGAGGAGUGGAACAUUCGCAUCCCCCCUGGAAAGGAUCGGACCGGCGAACGGGCGCAGCAGCUACGCUUCCUGGAGAACCUCAUCGCCUUGAAGAAGAAGAGGGGAGACCCGGACGAGGUCACGGUUUAUGCAUUGGAUGGUCCCGGGAAGGAUUUUGACGACAGAAAGGGACCAGACUUCAAACCGCGCCGAAAGAAGCCAAGUCUUGGUGUUGACCAGAGUAACGGAGCCGAUCCAGACGAGAGAAGAGAGCGUCGGUAUAUGAGGCGAAGCCAGGGCCGCCGAGGGGGUCGACGCAGGAGGGCAUCCGCUGCAAGAGGAGGCUCGGCGGCAACAGAUAGGGGCACCGGAUCUGCUCUGGAUGCUAAUGAGCUCUCCACACCAACGCCAAGCCAUUGGGACGAGCUAUUUGGCAUCCAAGAGGACGAGGAUGAGGAUGAUAGCAUCAACGACAUCUCCGAGGACAGUGACGGACCAGAAAGGCGGCGCGUCUCUUCCGAUGAGGACAACGACGAUCAAGGGGACGAAGACGACAACGACGGCGAUACGAUGAUGCUUGAUUAG